AUGUUAUUUACUUCAACUACUUCCGGGCGAUACCUUUUGAGCAACUUCGGAUUCUUCUCAUCACCCACACACACAACGCCAUUCCCUCUGCUUGGUAAGCCCUGAUAGCCCAUAGUCACAUUAUCUUGCACACACGCCCUCAGAUUCUGGCCUGCACCUUCUUUCUACGCGUCCUGCUCUCACUGAGUGCGGCCCCCAGUCUCCCUCUCUCUCAGCGACCAUGAGUGGAGCGCUCAGAUCCGCAUCGGCCUGGACCACUGUGUCGUCUCCGACCCCCAGCUCGCAGACGAGGACUGCGACCGCCCCAACGGCCUCCUCGCCUUCCCUCCCAACUCAAUCUCUGUCGGCCACUUUGCCGACUGUUGCCGGGCGCUUGGCGAGCCGCUCAGUGCUGGCGAUGUGGAUCGCUUAGCUGAGGCCGGUCAGACGUACUACAGCGCGUGUCUGCGGCGGUGGAUGUCGCGGGUGAUGGAGGAGGACCGCAUGGUGGACUCGUUUGUGGAGUUCUUCCCCAAUGCCAGAGGACAAUUCACGUCGUGGGAGCAGUACACCAACGGCAGAUACGUCAACGAGGUGGGUGGUUGGGUGGACACAUGGACGUGUGUGGGUGUGUGGGUGUGGGGGUGGCUGGGUUUGGACGCGACACGCAUGGCAUGGGAUGUGUGGUGUGGUCGAUCUCGGGUGUGUGCAGGGUGCUCGGCUGGACUAUAUCCUGGUGGACGAGGCCCUGUUUCGCUCGCACGCUGUGCGGGGUCCGCUCCCGCCCGACUGCACCGAAGACACAUUCGACGCGCCUGAGACCGCCCUGCAACUCGCCACGGCGAAUGGUUGCAGACAUACGGCCGGCCACACGUGUCUGUCUGUCCGUGUCUGUCUUAUCUAUCCUUCCUCACUCAGGCCGAUUCACUCCCGCCCUCAUGGAUGGGGGCGGGCUGAUCGAUGCCUCCCAGCCGGUAUACGACACGCAGUUCCUCCCCCCUCACACCGGCAUGUGCUACACGCCCCCCAAGUUCAGCGACCACAUCGCCGUCACCCUCUGCCUCGACAACACGCCCCACACACCCGCCGGCCACCACAUCGACUUCGGUCAGCGCGUGGCCGUCGACAUGAAGGACACCAAGACCACCAGGUCGCAGCCACACAGAGGGUGGAAGGGCAUCCAGAGCUUCUUCCAACCGGCACCCAAACCGACCCCUGCGGCCAACAACCAAAGCAGCUCUGCAGCACCAGCACCAGCACCAGCUGCAGCGAACAACGGCAACAAGAACAAUGGCAGCAGCAGUGGUGCGAUCGACUUGACGGCCGGUGACGAUGCGAAUG